AUGAUAGUCGAAACUCGAAAUCCGCUGUCCGAGUUUCGUUCGACUUUCAACAGAUCGCCAUUUUUAUUGUGCAGUGAAAAGAAAUUCAUUUAAUUUAUCAAGCUAAAACUGCCAAUAUUCACUGUAUAUUGUAAUUGAUUUUUGAUAGUGUGAAGCGUUUUUGAAGUGCAUAUAGUAAAAAUUUUAUUCCUAGCGUUUUUAUGUGUUGGUGUGCCGCUCAGCUACUUCAAUGGCUCUAAUAUUGAAGUAUUAAUAAGUUGAGUAAAUUUACGUAGUUCGGGAGAAACUCCGUACUGUAAGGACGAAGUGGUGAAGUGGUUAGAAAUGAGCAGGCCUCAAGGCGGACGCAUUCAAGUCCCGGAUGACCUUAGAGAAAUUCUAUUGGAAUUCACCAUAAGUUACCUAUUGGAACAGCCCGGCGAUGUUAUCAACUAUGCUGUCGAAUUCUUCACUAGGUUACAAAACAAUCGGACCACCACUAUAGCUCGUGGGCCGGCGGCGGGCACACCCGAUGAAUCUAUAAUAUCAGAUGAAGAAGAACCACCAGUGGCCCGAUUCAACAACCGCCGCAAGUCAGUGUUCGCGGAGACGUAUGACCCUGAAGAAGAUGACUCCGACGAAGGUGCUCCGGCGGUCUUCCCCAAGUCUGACGCCCAGCGCUCCAGGCUCGCGGAGGCAGUGCGCGGCAUACUGCUGUUCCGCUCGCUUGACGCUCAGCAGAUGCAACAGGUGCUGGACGCUAUGUUCGAGAAGCGUGCCGCGGCCGGCGAGUACGUCAUCCGUCAAGGAGACGACGGCGACAACUUCUACGUGAUCGAGAACGGCGUGUUCGACGUGUUGGUCACCAGCGAUGACGGCGUCGAGAAGGUGGUGCAUACAUACGAGGGAUCAGGCUCUUUUGGCGAACUGGCACUGAUGUACAACAUGCCGCGCGCUGCCUCAGUCCGCGCGCAGACUCCCGGCGCGCUCUGGGCCAUGGACCGUCACACCUUCCGCCGCAUACUGCUCAAGAGCGCCUUCAAGAAGCGCAAGCUCUAUGAGGAGCUGCUCGACAAAGUGCCCAUGCUGAAGGCUCUGCAGUCGUACGAGCGCGCCAACCUGGCGGAUGCCCUGCUGCCGCGCACGCUGAUCGACGGCGAGCUCAUCAUCCGGCAGGGCGACUCCGCCGACGGCAUGUACUUCGUGGAGGACGGCUCCGUUAGCAUCCGCAUCGCGCGCGAAGACGGCAACGAGCACGAGAUCAAGCGACUCGGCAAAGGCGAUUACUUCGGUGAACUGGCUCUGGUAACCCACAAGCCACGCGCCGCUUCUGUGUACGCCGUCGGGCCCACUAAGGUUGCAUUCCUCGACGUUCAAACGUUCGAACGCUUGCUUGGGCCAUGCAUGGAGAUCAUGAAGCGGAACAUAGACGACUACGAGGAGCAGCUGGUGAAGCUAUUCGGUGAUAAGAGCAAUCUCACCGACGUGCGAUGAGCGCCCUCUGCCGCCCCCCGCUUGCACCACACCCGACCUGACCUUCAAAUUAUUUAUUACUUACUCUUUAGUGUGAUUCAAAUUAUCUGUGGAAUUUAGCUGUCGUCUAUAGCGACAAUACUAUAUUUGAUCUAGCUAUUACGUAUUCAUUGCUCUUUGGUGUUGUUCAAAUUAUCUGUGUGCCAAUAAGCUGUCAAGUAACUACGAUUGUAUUUAUUUUUAUCUACACCCAUGCUUUAAAUCCUCUAUUAAAGAUUCUAAAACAGUUAGCUUAUUGCCAACAUUAAAACACCCAAUGUCCUAGUAACCAUUACAUCGUCCAAACGGGUGUUGUAAUGAAAUUCAGUACAACAUUACAACAGUCGUUUGGAGGAUGUAAUGGUUACUAGGACUGGUUUUUUUUAAUGUUAGCAAAAAGCUAACUGUUUCAGAAUCUUUUAUAGAGGAUUCAUAUUAUUGGAGAAGAUAAAGUCUUGUAUGCAUCUGUUGAUAAUUAGGUAUUAAAACACUCAUGUGAUGCUAUUAUCAUCCCACAUUCGUGUUUAAAUACCCUUUAUUACACAACAGUUGCAUAAAUAACCAUUAAAACUGUUUCUACUUUACCCGUUCACUUCGACAAUUGACUUGUCGAAACCGUAUUGUUUGGUGUAAUUAAAAUUAUUUGUGGAUUUUAGUUGCAUUGCCAAAUAAGACCUAGUUUAACUUUUAGAUUCUGUAGCUAAAUUGAAACUAUAAGUUUGUUUCCGCUGCUAGCAAUCAGUUAAAGACCUUAUCACUACUCAUAACUAGACUGAGUACUGUGACUCUAAAUACGACCUGAACGUAAUGCUAUACAGCAUUAGUCUUUUCUAAAUUCUUAUAACACAUUGGCAGAUUAUUGAAAAUAAGAUCUCGGCUUCGUGCUCAGAUUCAAAUCACUUAUCAGUUCUAAUAAAUUGUUUGACGGCCCUGGGUUCAAGCCCUUUAGCGCCUUGGUGAAGUAUCCAGUAUUGCCAUACUAUGAAAUAAAAUUAGCAGACAUUUAAAUAAAAACUUUCAUAAAUAAAACAAAAUAUUUGUCGCAACCACCAUAUUGUAGCAUUCAUAAAGAUCCUUAAGAUAUUUUAGGAGAAAAUAUAGAUAGUUCUUGUAUUUGCCACAAUAUAUCUCACGCUGGUCGUUAUAGAUUCUCAGUGAUAACACUUCUAUUUUAAAAUUUCUACAACCUAGAUUUUGUUCAGAUUAAAAUCUAGUGUAGGUAUAUCAGUGAACAGUCUAGUCAUCUGUAUAAGGUGUUUGUAAUAAACAAGCCGUAUACAUAUAUAGACAAAUUGUUGUCUAUGGAUUCAAACUGCAUUGAUAAUGGCUUUCUGUCAAACUGGAGUUUUUAAUGAUUCUGUUAAUUUUUAGCUAGUGUCUGAACCAUAGAAGUGCUCUAAAAAUUGUAGUCUGCGUAGUUACUUAUCUACUUAUAAAAAAUUUAUUUGCAUUAAAUACUUUAUAAUUAUAUAUUUAAAUUCUUUAUAGAGGUAAAUAGCUAAUCGCAGAAAUCCAAAUUUUUGGUGCUUUUGUACAAAUUUCUAUUUUCUUUUAAAGGAGAGGAAUGUAGGUCUUUUUUUCACAGAUUUGUUGGUACCAUCAUGAACUAUUUGAAAUCCGAAUUGUGAGGGUAGUCUUAAAUUAGCAAUCUUCAAUUAGUACUGUACUUGAUCAAUGAUACGCUUAUUUUAGGUAGUGAAAUGCCUUAGUAGAUAUGUAAAUAGUCUUUUUACACUUUCGCUGGGAUGGCAAUGUCGAAUGUUUGAAGGUUUUAUUGUUGUGCCAUAAAUAAUCACUAAAUAUCAAUUUGAUCAAAUUUCUAGAUUGUAUUAAACGCAUACAAAUGCCUGUCUAUAGAAUAGUAUUCGAAUCUAUUGAGUUAGAUUUAUUUAUGAACAAUGCGGGACUCGAACCUCUCGUGUUCCAUGCGAGUGCUCUUCCAACUGAGCGAACCGUUCAAGUGACGUAGUGUUGAUAAAUCUUGUAUGUCUUGUUCAACUCUUAGGUUGUGGCUUCAUCUACAGGAUCUACUUUACAGUUGAUAACCUGCUCAACCCCAAUAUUUGCAUAUUCAUAUCUGAACAGUUUUGUUUUCAAAAUUUAUUUGUGUAAUUAAUCCUAGAAGUGAGGGAAAUCACUUAAAAAUUGUCAUGAGAAACUAUUUAAAUAUUACAUUCUUAACAAGUCAACAAUUCCAUCAUUUAUCUAUUUUAAAUUUAAAUUAAGUACUAAAUUCAUUAAAUAUAAUUAUUCCCGUCGGUCGGACAGAGUUGCCAAUACCAGGUCAAACUAAUAGCUUAAGUAACUAAUAUUUCACUAGGAGGCAUAUAUUGUCAAGUUCUAAUAGUCUGAACUAGUAAUGUCUGUGCAGUACUAUUUGAUGAUGUUACUCAAAGUUUGAAAGUAUUUAGAUGGAAAUGUGAUGGUUAGACAUUAAUUGGAUACAGAUAAUGUUAAUUUUAGGUUUGUGUGCAUCACUACCCAGCUUCCAGUAAAUAAUUUAUUUAUAUAUUGUCAAAUGUAAAUAGAAAUUAGACAUCCCUCGAAUAAAAACAUCUAAUCUUUGAAUUUAAAAAGCUGGGACGCGUUGAUAUCAAUAUUAACCUUUACCGCAAAACUUAUUUAAAAUAUAGAUUUAACUAGUGACUAGAUGAAAUCUUUUCACUUAUAAUAUUUAUUUAUUUAUUCUGUCGAGGAUAAAUUAUUUUAAAUAUUUCUGUUGAUUUAGAAAUAUACAUUCAGACAUAAGUAAUAUAGAGUAGAGGUCACGAAUUAUCAAAAGUUGCGGUCGAUGACCCUACAGGUUGCUUGUCUUUGUCGCACGCGUACAGUUACAUUAUCUUUUUCUCGCUCAUAUAUAUCAUAGCCAUAUUUGUAAAUUUUCUACGCCGCGACACACUACGUUUACGCGUUAAUUAAUUAUAUUGACAUUUUAUGUUUUGCAGAGUAUUUUAAUUGUAUAAGAUGUGUAUUAUUUAGAACAGAAUUUGUUUUAUGUUGUUUGAGAUGUUUAUGCUUCACUGCUUUCUAUGACCGGAGUUCCUAUUGUUUUGCUCUUGAUGCUAUACAGAUCUGAGGUGCAGGUUAAAUAUACUUUCAGCUGAUCAGCUCAAAUUAUCCACAAACUAUAAUUCUUUGGUGUGCUCAUAUUAUAAUAUAUGAAAAUAAUGGUAAGUCUUCGCUUUGUUGCAUAUUUGUAGUACCCUCAGGUAUAUUGGUGUAUAUCCCAGUAUUAAUAUAAUUAUUGUGCUAGCGAAAAUGUUUUUCAUGAGUCCAGCCAAUGUAGGGUGAGCGCAUUGUACGAUGUGUUACAAUGUCUAUGUACUGUUGUAGUACUAGUAAAUAGUUUUUACCACUUCUUAAUGUAAUUUAAUAUAUUAUUAGAUUAGGAAAUUCUAUAGAGUAUGAUGAGACCCAGGUGGUCGUCGCGACUCCUUGUGACAAAUGUGUACAAAUUGUAUCAGUUGCCAUACAUAUUGUUUAUAACAUAAUAUUAUACAGCGUGGCGCUAUGCUGGGGACAUUAAAUAAAUACACGGGUAGAACUUCUAAACCGUUAUCAUUAAAAAAAACAUGUGCGCAAUGCAAUUCACACGUGGUUUAAGUCAACCUUAAAUAAAUUUGGCUUCAAGAUAGUCAGCACUUGUAUAAUAAUUUUAAGAUGUGCAUUGUGCAUGAACCUCUGCACUGCAUAUGAAGUCCUGGUACUUGUUGCUAGGAUUUCAACCGCUAUGAAAGACAUUACUAACACCGCUACCAUAUUUUUGCUCUCCUGGUGUCUAUGCAGUUAUAAGUCGUGCGUAUGACAUAAGAAUAUAUUGGAUAUAUAUAGGAAUACCUACUCGCGUCAUACAUAAAAAUAAAAUAGUAUACAUAUUUCUGUCUCAUUCUUUGCCGGCUUCAUCCUACACAUUUUUGUAUUUGUGUAAUUCGAAAGAAGUUUCACUUCAAAAAUAAAAUACAUAAUUUUUCACCUAAAUAAAUCAAAUUUUCCAUAAUAUUAUUUCGAAACAAAAUCUAGUAGCUGCGCACUAAUAAUUGUAGGCACUGACACCUUCGUGCCGUCCUAUGCGACCGGUGAUAAAAAAUUUGUUUCGUAAAUGUUUGAAAUAAUUGUAAUUUGUUUGUUUGAAAAUUUCAAUUAUUUACUUAAAAUUUAGAAUUAUCUUUUUAUGAUUGAAGUUAGAUUCAACGGCGUCUUAUUCAGCCGUGAAACAGUAAUGUGUAAGCGUUAUUGUGUUUUGGUCUGAAAGGCGCCAUAGCUCGUGAAAUUACAGGGCAAAUGAGACUUAACAUCUUAUGCCACAAGGUAACGAGCGUAGUUGUCGUACCGCUCAGAAUUUUUUUGAUAUUUUUAAAAAUCUUGAGCGACGCUGCAUUGUAAUGGGCAGGACGUAUAAAUGACCAUCAGCUGAACGUCCUGCUCGUCUCGUCCCUUUUUGUCAUACAAAAAAAUAAGGAUAGCCGUGUGUUCGUUUAAUGUCGCCAUUUAAACGCCAUGCUGUAUAACCAAUUGUAGUGUUAGUUAAUGUUGGUUGUUAUUGAGUUUUUACUAAUAUGUUGAUUACUAUGCAGUGUACUCAUCUGUUUGUGUACAUUGCGAGUCCGUUGGUUUGUGUUUGUUUUUGCUCUAGUUUUGCUCACAUUCCCUUGUUGCUUAUUUUUUUAAUAUUUGUUGCCGAUUGUUCGCUUUCAUGUCAUGCAUAUUAUCUUUGGUUUUAGACAAUUUUAAUUAUUUAAAUGCCAUUUCGUGAUAAUAUUAUAUUGUGUUCUGUGAAUUAACUGUGAGAGAUUGCAUAUUUUAAAUUUAUACAAAUAUUUCCCUGCAAUAACUUUAGCUGGUAUAAUUACGAAUCAUUUUACUAAAAUAUACUUUAUUUUCAUCUUGUGUUUACUUUGAAUAUUUUACGUUUAAUAAUUCGUAAUAACCUAACAUGUUUCCUAUUAUAGUACCUAAUUUAACUUAUGUAAUAAAUAUUUAUAUUCGAUGUAAAUUAUAUAACUACAAACAUAUUUAAAACAGGGGUUGGAAUUACAGCAAUAUCUCUUUGUAUGUAGCCAAUGUCAAAUAAUUUUUAUUUAUUCUUAUAGUUGAUAUGGAUCUUUUUUAUAUCAGUGUGAUGAAUGGUAUUUUCUUCCAAAUGUAUAUGUAUUAUUUACAGAACAGCUGGUAUACACCAUGCUGUGUAUAUGUUUGUAUGUCCCUUAUGAUCCCGUAGAAAAUAUUGUGCAAUAAGUAAUUGUGUAUGAAUUAAAAAGAAUAAAAAUUGGUGUGAAAUUAUAGGUAAUUAAUGUUUCCUUCUUAAAUAGUGAAAGGCUGCAAGUGUUCUUUAAAGCCAUUGCAUUUGACAAGUUAAAGCACAAAAUUAUGAUUAAGCGUUGAUGAGGACUUUGUCUUCCAUCGGGACGCACAUAUCGGGGCAGUGUGUUAUAUGACAUGGUAAUGUUAUGUAACCGAUACGCUUGUUGUGUAGCGUACCUUAUUAUAAAUUACUAGUCAUCUGUGUAGAUUGUAACCAACAGCACAUUCGUAUUUGAAAUUUUGAGUCUUCAUAUUUCACAUUAGUGUUAAGAUAAUUCUGUUCCACAUGCAUAUCAAGAUUGUGAGUCCGAACCCUGUCUCUGCACCAACAAUGCCCCGCUGGUCCUCGCUGGCCGCACUCCGCUUCACCUCAUGAGCUUACCCUGUACAUUUAUAAAAUUAUGAAUCGUAAAAUGUUAGAAAACUGAAUUAUAUUUGUUUGUAGAUCUAA